AAAAGCAAAUCAAUGAAAAAAGUUGCAAGUCCAGACAACAGGGGUGUGAUUUUGGUUAGACACAUUCCCCAUGGCUUUUAUGAACCCCAAAUGAAAAAAUACUUUGAACAGUUCGGAGAGGUCACAAAGUUAAGGCUUCUUAGAAGCAAUAAAACAGGCAGAAGUAAAGGCUCUGCUUUUGUGGAGUUUGAGAAUGAUGAGGUGGCUAGGAUCGUGUCUGAUGCAAUGAAGGAUUAUCUAAUGUUCAGACGUCGAGUCAUGUGUUAG